GCACUUGUGUGGGGAGGAAAAAGUUUGUACCCAGUUUAUAGAAGCUACCGACCGACCGCCAACAUGGUCGUUUUCACAUGCAACGCGUGUGGAGAAUCUGUGAAGAAAGCGCAAGUCGAAAAACACGUGAACAUCUGCAGAAACUGUCAGUGCCUUUCUUGCAUGGAUUGUGGCAAGGAUUUCUGGGGUGAUGAUUAUAAGGAACACGUGAAGUGCGUAAGUGAAGACCAGAAAUACGGUGGAAAAGAUUUUGAAGCCAAAACUAACAAAGGAGAUGCUAAACAACAGGAGUGGAUUCAGAAAAUUCAUGAAGUAAUGAAGAAGCCAAACAUAAGCCCUAAAGUGCGGAACAUUCUGGAGCAAAUGCGUGUCUUUGAUAAUAUUCCAAGAAAAAAAGUAAAGUUUCAGAAUUGGAUGAAGAAUAGUUUGAGAAUUACUGACAGCACUUUGCAAGACCAGGUGUGGGAUAUUUUCUCUGAAGCAACCAGAAACAUUUCAAGUGAAAAAGAGCAAGACAAACCACAACAGAAGAAGGAGGGGCAGUCUGCAGAAACUGGGGAAAAAACAAUGGCAGAAGAAAAUGGAAUUACAGAUGAUAAAAUUGAGAGGAAAAAGAAUAAGAGAGAACGAAAAGAAGAGAGACAAAAGAACAAAAAGAAGGAGAAAAAAGACUUGAAAUUAGAAAACCAGUCAGAAGUAAAAAAGAGUAAAAAGUCCAAAAAAGGAAAGGAGAGCUUGGAGAAUGAAUUUGAAAUAAAUGGAAAUGGCCAUCAGGGUGAAACAGAAGAGGAAACAAAUGUAAAGAAACGCAAACAUAAACAUGCAGAAGACGAACCUCAUAUCACAACAAAGAGAAUGAAAACUGAAAAUGUUUCAGAAGACAUGGAAACAGAAAACACCAAUGGCAAUGAAGAAAAUGCGGGAACAGAUAAAGGUAAAUUCAACUGGAAAGGAACGAUCAAAGCUGUUCUGAAACAGGCUCCAGACAAUGAAAUUUCAAUUAAAAAACUAAGAAAAAAGGUUAUAGCUCAGUAUUACGCAAUAGCUGGUGAACAUCACAAAUCAGAAGAGGAUAUUCUAGUUAUAUUUAAUAAGAAAGUGAAUAACAAUCCCAAAUUUAAAGUUUUAAAGGACAAAGUUAAACUCCUGAAAUAAGAGUUCCCAUACUUUUGAUAACUUUUGUAUUUUAAUCUUGCAGACUGAGUCAAAUUCUUCUGUCAGCUGUACAAAUAUCAUGCAUUGGUCUCAAUUUAAAUGUGUAUGUAAGAGCAGAAUUUAACUUUUAAGACUGGAUUCCUCUUUUUCUAGAUUUAUCACAGAACACUUUCAGAUAUUUUAUUUUUUUGAUUUUAUGGAAAAUGUAUAUUUUUUGGUACAAGUUUUAAGAGGCAUUGAGAAUAAUUGCUGCCUACUGUAUUAAAAUUGUUCUAGUAAUGGAUAUAAUUCAUAGGCAUGAAUGUUUAUCAGGACCUGGGUUGUGUGGCUUUUUGCAGAAACUGUUUUAAGAGCAAAUAGGAUUUUCAUAUUCAAAAACCCACCAUGGCAUAAAUGUUUUGUUACGCUGAAAUUCAAAAUGGUAUCCCCUUUACGCACUGUAGCUAGUAUAUGCAGGCUUUAAUAACCUGUUAAUUCUGUGUUGUAAAAUGCAUAAUUAAAGUGUCUGUCAAGUUUGUGU